GUGUUUGGAGGAGCGCGUGAGAAUCGCUUCGUUUUCCUCGCGCUGUCAACAGGGAAGCCCAGCCGUUUCUUUCCCCCCCCCGCUGUCCGUGAAGCCGGGCCUCCAGUGCUGCCAUGUUCAGCCCCCGCGGCGCCCCGAGCCCGGUCCGGCGGCAGCAGGGCCGGACGCCCGGGAGGAAGAACUCCGGGUCGGCCGGCGGCCUGCUGUUCUCCCCGCGGAGGACGCCUCUGGCGGCGGGUAGGUCGACUCCGUCCCGAGUGCAGAGUCACGCAGCUGUGGACACCAUCAACUUCGAUGUGCAGACCUUCGGCUCGUCGCUGCCCGUCAAAGUGAUGGAGGCUCUGACGAUGGCGGACGCUGAUGAUCACAUCUCGGUGAAGGUGAAUGAGAGUGGCUGGGCCUGGAUGGUUUGUGGAGAGAAACUGAUCAUCUGGAAGAUCUGCCAGACUGCUGUGGCCAAGCUGUCGGUCUGCAAAGAGCUGCAGCUGCCCAGCAGUGAGUAUAACUACACGGCAGACCUCAUGGCCAUGGCGUCCGCCGCUCCUCUGGAAGUCGCCGCUGUUCAGUCCAUCUCCGUCUUGGCUGUAAAUGUGGAGGGAACAGCUCGUUUCUGGCCCAGCCUGGCCCAGGAGGGCAACUACACGGAGACCGAGACGGACCUCGGUGACCUCUGCAACUUCGUCGUUGCUGUCAGAGGUGGGAGCUUCGUCCUGUCUUCAGAGAAGAAUCACCUGUGGAGAGCGUGUGCCGACUCUUCGGGGAAGCUGCAGUACCGAGCUCUACAGCAGGGGCACGGCGUGCUCUCCGGCAUCGGACGCCGCGUCUCCAGCUUGUUCGGGAUCCUCUCCCCUCCCGCCAACGACACGCUGCACAGCGUGCUGUGGACGGGCGCCACCGGCUGCCUCUACACGCUCACCUCCUCCAGCCUCAGCAAGUGGGAGCUGGACGACGGCUCCGAGCAGCAGGUCCUCAGCUGGGACGUCCGCAGGGCGCUGGCCGAGAGCAUCGCGGACGCCAUCUGGGGCUCAGAGAGCAACUACGAGGACAUGAAGGAGGGCGUGAACGUGGCUUACCUGGAUAUGAAGCUCAGCCAAGCCGGCCUGGUGGUCCUGGCCGCCGCCUGGCACCCCUCCGACAGUCCCUGCAUGGCCUACUUCUGCCUGGUCACUCUGCAGGACGGCGGCGCCGCCAUCUCGGACCAGUUCACCGUGGAGGUCACCAAGCACAGCGCCCCCUUCCAGAGCGAGGAGGCCCUGCAGGAGACCAAGCUGGUGCUGCCGCCCGCCCCCGGCUCCGCCGCCUUCCUGUACAGCGAGGAGCUGGUGUUCGCCUGCUCCACGGGGACCAGCAGGGCGGCGCUGCCCGACGAGAAAAUCAGCUUCAACUCGCCGGGUGACGGCGUCCGGGGCGGAGGCUGCUGCGCAAACCUGCCCGUGUUCUUCUCCCUGAACAGCGGCCUGGUGGCGGUGGUGGCCAGAGAGACCGCCUCCAUCCUGCCCGAGAUGAUGGAGGACUCGCUGUGCUCCUCGCUGGCCGCCGCCCCGGAGGUUUCGUCGAUGGAGACUCCCAGCAGAGCGGAAACUGUCGCUCAGGAGGACAAAACCAAACUGCUGAAGGCCGCUUUCCUGCAGUUCUGUCGUAACGAUCUGGUCGGAGCUCAGACGGUCACGGACGAGCUCUUCGCCGCGGACGGCGACGGAGAGGACAGCGCCGAGCUGGACGGCCUGGUGACGCAGAUCGACCUGGACCUGGUGGACGACUACCCGGCCUCAGACCCGCGCUGGGCCGAGUCGGUCCCUGACGAGAGCGCCGGGUUCCCCCUCACCUCCCUCAUCAUCCUCCACCAGCUGGAGGACAAGAUGAAGGCUCACGGCUGCUUCAUGGACUUCCUGCUGCAGGUGGGUCUGCUGGACCGGCUGGGUCAGGUGACGGUCCGCUCGUCUCCCAUGGCGACGCGCCUGCUGCUGUGCGAGCACGCCGAGAAGCUGCAGGCCGCCAUGGUGCUGAAGAACCACCACACCAAACACGCCGAGCUGGUGAACCGGGCCAUCGCGGCGGCGCUGCGGCGCCGCGGCGACGGCGUGCCCCCCAGCCUCACCGCCGCCGACGUCUUCUUCAGAGAGGUGUCGCAGAUCUCCUCGCUGUUCGACUGUCUGCUGGAGGAGGAGGAGCGAAGCCUGAAGGACAAUCCGGUGGAGUCGGCGCAGUGGGCCGAGGGGGUCCUCACCGUCAACAGCAUCAUCAAGGACAUGCUGCAGGCUGCUGGGCAGUACAGAGAGACCAAGGCCUCCAUGUACCGAGCGUCUGAGUCGGCCGCCGCGGAGCCGGAGUUCAUCCCGUGGACAGCGUCCGGAGGCGUCGGCGGGAUUCGCACCGUCCUGUCCCGCCAGCACGACCUCAUCCUGCGCUCGGUGUACCCGCACGCCGACUCGGAGCUGCGCGCCGCCGUGUGCGAGCAGCUGGUGGCGCUGCUGGACCUGUACCUGGGCGGCUACGUGGCCCAGCUGGCCUCGCUGCAGCAGCAGAGGCCCCCCGGGGCCCAGCAGGAGCGCUACGACAGCCUGGAGAUGGAGUACGUGCAGCGGCGCUCGGAGCUGCUGACCCCGCUGUUGGAGCUGGGUCAGUACCAGUGGGUGGCGGCGUUGGCUGAGAAAUACUGCGACUUCGACAUCCUGGUCCAGAUGUGCGAGCAGACGGACAACCAGAGCCGCCUGCAGCACUACAUGGCCAAGUUCGCCGAGCAGAACUUCGCCGACUUCCUGUUCCGCUGGUACAUGGAGAAGGGGAAGAGGGGGAAGCUGCUGUCCCAGCCGGCCACCCAGCACCAGCAGCUGGCCAGCUUCCUGCAGGCGCAUCAGCAUCUGAGCUGGCUGCACCACAUCCACGUCCAGGACUACCCCAGCGCCCACAGGACUCUCUACAACCAGGCCAACGCCGAGACUCGAUAUUUUGUGAAGAAGAAGACGCUGCUGGCUCUCAGCAAGCUGACGGUGUUGGCCUCCGACCUGCCCGAGGACGAGAUCAGCAGACACGUCGACGACAUCGUGGAGCAGGAGCGCUUCCUGCUGCAUCAGGAGACUCUGCCCCGGCAGCUUCUGGAGGAGAAGCAGCAGAACCCCGACACCAUGCCUCUGCUCAGCGCUCACAACCUCAUACAGCUGUACAUCUGUGACGACAACAGGCGAGCCAACGAGUACGACUUCAAGAAGGCCCUGGACCUGCUGGAGUACCUGCACCAGGAGGACGACGUGAACAUCGACGCUCUCAAGUGUGAGAUCCUGGGAAAAGCGCUCCGGAGAGACGACUGGUCCUCCGCCGACGGCAGCGACGACCCGCUGGAGGCGGCCAAGGACAGCGUCUUCGUCAAGGUCCUCCUCAAACUCAUUCAGGAAGGCGUUCCGCUGCAGACGUACCUGCCGGAUGUCAAGGACCUGCUGGAGCUGGACGAGCUGAGCGCGUUGAAAAACAAGCCCUACUUCGAGUUCGUGCUUCGAGCCAACUACGAGCAUUACCUCCAGAUCCAGAUGUGACGGCCGUUUCCCUCCGCCUCCGCUCCUCAGCUUCCUCACGAUUCCUAAGAUCUGUUCCUAAUUUUUUUCUAAAUAAAUUUUUCAAUAA